AGGAGGCAGGUGGCCCAGACACUCCGCCUGGCCCAGGACGUACAGACCUCUGUGUGCCGGGAGCAGGACCUUCCUUUGCCUUUGCCCGUGUGAGCAGAGCCCCCCCCCCCAGGAUGGAGCCAAGGCAGUCAGCAGCAGCCGUGGGCCAGCCUGCCCCCACCGCCCUGCCCCUCGAGACCCCUGCAGCAGCAAAGGCAGGCGCAGGCACCAGGAGCAUUGCAGGGGUGUACGUGGAGGCCUCUUCCAAGACCACGAGUCUCUUCGAAGCCGUGCAGGAGCACCUCCUCCAGCCUGACCUUGCACUAGCCCUCCUGGAGGCCCAGGCGGCCACUGGUGGCAUCGUUGACUACGGGAGAAAGCAGCUGGUUUCUGUGGCAGAGGCACUGAGGAUGGAACUAAUAGGUCUGGAGAUGAAGGAAAAGCUCUUGUCUGCUGAGCGGGCAAGAACGGGCUUUGAAGACCCCUACACAGAAGAGAAGAUCUCGCUCUUCCAAGCCAUCCAAAAAGAGCUAAUUGGAAAGGAACAGGGCUUGAAGCUCCUAGGUGCCCAGGUAGCCACAGGAGGCAUCAUUGAGCCCAGCAGUGGCCACCGGGUCUCUCUCCAAGAAGCCUGUGAGCGCGGCUACCUGAGCGAGGAACUGAAGAGCUCCCUUUGUGACCCUGGGAAUGUGGCGGCCAGGGGCUUCUUGGACCCGAACAGCAACGAGAAGGUCACCUACAUGGAACUUAUGAGGAGGUGCAUAGCAGACCCGGCCACUGGCUGGUUCGUGCUGCCCCUGAAAAUCUCUUUUCCAGGCCUGAGAGGGGCUGUGUGCAGCCAUGAGCUUCUGGAUUCUGGAAUCAUUGAUCCUGCCCUCUUCAAAGCCCUCCAUAAUGCGGAGAUCACAGCAGAGGAAGUUGCUGAGAUGGACUCUGUUCAGCAGUACCUCUCAGGAACAGGAAGCGUAGCGGGCGUGGCCGUGCUGGAAACCAACGAGUGUCGGGGCCUUUACCAGGCUUUGAGGGAGCACCUCCUCCUGCCAGGCACAGCCGUGGUCCUCCUGCAGGCUCAAGCGGCAACAGGCUCCUUGAUUGACCCGGUAAGCAAUGAGAAGUUCUUGGCUGAUGCUGCCGUCCAGGCAGGAGUGGUCGGACCCGAACUUCAUGAGAAAUUGUCUGCAGCAGAAAGAGCGGUCACAGGGUACAAAGACCCCUACACUGGGGGGAGCGUCUCUCUGUUUCAAGCCAUCCAGAAGGGCCUUGUUCCCAGGGAUCCUGGCAUUUUCCUGCUGGAUGCCCAGCUUGCAACUGGUGGCAUCAUCGACCCACACACACAUCACCGGCUUCCUGUGGAGGUGGCCUGCCAACGGGGCCUCCUGGACAGGGACACACAUGCCCUCCUCUGCAAUCCCACAGAUGGCAUCCGGGGGUUCUUUGAGCCCAACUCCAAGGAGGCCUUGUCCUAUGCAGAACUGCUGUUCAGAUGUGUCACAGAUCCAGACACAGGGCUCUUCCUCUUGCCACUUUCUGGAGACCCCAGUGGGGCACAUUCCUUCAUUGACCACAGCACGCGGUUGGCUCUAAAGAACACGGAUGUGCCCGGGGUCGGGGGCAAGUUUAAGGGGAAACAAGCCUCCCUCUGGAAGCUCCUCUUCUCAGACUACUUCACAGGCCAGCAGAGGCGAUCUCUCAUCCAGCAGUUCCGCUCGGGGGGCCUUUCCAUUCAGCAGCUGGCCGGCACAGUCCGCGACACCAUCCAGCAAGUGGCUGCCAAUUCCGAGGUCACAUUCGAAGGUCUCCGGGAAAAGGUGACCCCUGCCCAGCUCCUGAGUUCCAAAAUCAUCAACCAAGAUUUGUUUGAGAAGCUAACUCAGGGGGAGACAUUGGCCAAAGAUGUCGUUAACAUGGGCACAGUCAAAAAGUACCUGGAAGGAACCAGCAGCAUCAGCGGCUUACUCCUGCCUGACUCAGAGGAGAGAAUCAGCAUCUACCAAGCCAGGAGGAAGGGCUUUCUGCGGCCAGGAACAUCCCUCAUUCUCCUCGAGGCUCAGGCCGCAACGGGAUACGUCAUUGACCCUGCCGCCAACAAGAAAUAUUCAGUGGACGAGGCCCUGCGUGCAAAUCUCAUUGGCCCAGACGUUUAUGACAAGCUCCUGGUUGCUGAGAAAGCCGUCACUGGCUACAGGGACCCAUACACUGGCAACAAGAUCUCCCUCUUCCAGGCCAUGAUGGAGGACCUCAUUGUCAAGGAGCACGGCAUCCGCCUCCUGGAAGCCCAGAUUGCCACCGGGGGCAUCAUCGACCCGGUCAACAGCCACCGCCUCCCCGUGGAGGUUGCAUACAAGCGGGGCUACUUUGACAAAAAGAUGAACCUGAUCCUUUCGGACCCCAGUGAUGACACCAAGGGCUUCUUUGAUCCCAACACCCAUGAGAACCUGACCUACCUGCAGCUGAAGGAGAAGUGCCUCACGGACAGCUCCACCGGUCUCUGCCUCCUGCCACUGAACAGCAAAAAACGCCAGUUCAUUGACAAUCCCUCCAAGCAGGCUUUUCGGAGCUCGUGGCUCUUUGUAAAAUACGGGCGCUUCCAAGGGCAAAGGGUGUCCAUUUGGGAUCUGCUGAACUCCGAGUACUUCAGUGAGGGAAGGAGACGGGAAAUAUUCAAUCACUACCGCCUGCACAUGGUCACCCUCGAACAAAUCCGACUCAUGCUGGAGGAGGAGAUGAAGAAAUGGGCCCGCAUAAAAUUCCCAGCCAUGAGGGGCCAUGUCACGGCCUAUCACCUGGUGGAAUCUGGUAUCCUUGACCGGGACCUUUUUGAAAGGUUGCUGGAGGGAGCAGUGAGCCCAGAAGAGGUGCUGCGCAUGGAUUCCGUGAGGAAAUACCUCUAUGGCACUGGCAGCAUUGGGGGGAUUGUGCUGCAGCCCUCCAAUGAGAAAGUGGGCCUCUAUGAAGCCAUGAAGAGGAACAUUGUGCUGCCAGGUGUGGUGCUACCCUUGCUCGAGGCGCAGGCAGCCACUGGGUUCAUCGUUGAUCCGGUGAAGAGCCAGAAACUCUGCCUCGAUGAGGCUGUGAGGGGUGGCCUCGUUGGUCCAGAGCUCUACGACAAGCUACAGCGUGCAGAAGAAGCUGUCACUGGCUACAAAGACCCUUUCACAGGCAAGAAGAUCUCACUCUUCCAAGCCAUGAAAAAGGGCCUGGUGGAUGAGAAGCAGGCCGUGCGGCUGUUAGAUGCUCAGCUGUCCACUGGGGGAGUAAUUGAUCCUCACAGGGGCCACUACGUCCCAGUAGAAUUUGCCCAGAAAAAAGGCUACUUAGAUGAGAACCUCAGCAACAUACUUGCAAACUCAGGUGAUGACAUCAAAACUUUUAGCACUCUUGACAGCCAAGAGAACGUGACCUACAGCCAGCUGAUCGGUCGGUGUCAAGAGGACAAGGGGUCAGGCUUCCGCUUGCUGCCUCUGUCACAAACAGCCUCUCUUGUCUACACAGAUGAGCAAAUCGAACGUCUGUUCAGGGAUACCCUAGUGAAGGAAAAGGGACUGACUCUCUGGGAGCUCCUGAACUCCGGCUACUUCACCGAAGAGCAGAGAAGAGAUUUCUCUGAGAAGUUUAGGUCGGAGGCAAUAUCACUCCAGCAAUUGAUCAGCCUUGUUUUAGGACUCAUUAAGGAAACAGAAAUGAAGGUUCAAACCCAGGUCACCUUCCGAGGCUUGAGAGGAGCAGUGCCUGCUGUCUGGCUCCUGGACAACGGCAUCAUUUCAGAGAAGACAUUCACAGAGCUAGUGCAGGGCACCAAGACGGCUGAAGAAGUGUCCGAGAUGGAGGGUGUAAAGAAAUAUUUGCAGGGUACUGGGAGCAUUGCUGGAGUUUACGUUCAAGCCUCCAAAGAGAAAAUGGGCAUAUACCAAGCAAUGCAGAAGAACUUCCUCCUGCCAAGCAUGGGGGCAAGGCUUCUGGAAGCCCAGGCAGCAACCGGUUCCAUCAUGGACCUGGGAUCAAACCAGAGGCUGGGAGUCGAGGAGGCCAUCAAAGCUGGUGUUGUGGGUAAAGAACUUACAGAGCAGCUGUUGCAGGCGGAGAGGGCACUGACUGGCUAUAGAGACCCUUAUUCCGGAAGGACCAUCUCCGUGGGCCAGGCCAUCAAGAAGGAGCUGGUCCCUGCUGCUGCUGGCAUCCCCUUGCUGGAGGCUCAGCUGGCCACGGGAGGGGUCAUCGAUCCCACCCACCACCAUCACCUUCCUCUCCAUGCUGCCUACAAGCACGGUUUCUAUGACGAAGAAAUGCACACGGCUGUUUCUCAGCCCUCUGAGGACUCCCAUGUCUUCUGUGACCCCAACACCCAGGAGAGCCUGACUUACCAGCAGCUGAAGGACAGAUGCCGCCAGGACCCCGAAACAGGUCAGUUUCUGCUUCCUCUCUCAGAAGACGCUGCUGUCUAUGGGGACAAGCAAAUUAUAGAGGUGCUGAAAUCAGAAACCAUCUGUAUCAACACAGGACGGUUUAAAGGGCAAGCAGUUUCUAUCUGGGAUCUACUGAACUCUGAGUACAUCUCCAAGAGCAAGCGGAGAGAGCUGCUGAUGGCAUACAAAAAGGAGAAUGCUGAGGCACUUCGAGAAAUCGUCACGAUCAUCACCACGAUCAUUGGAGACACUGAAGCUCAAGGCAAGAGGUUCACCUUCAAGGGUCUGCGCAAGCAGGUGUCAGCCAGCGACCUUUUCCAGGCAGAGCUCAUAAGCAAGGAGACUCUGGACGAGCUUCACCAGGGAACAAAAACUGUCCAGGAAGUCACGGAGAUGGAUUCAGUCAGGCAGUUCCUAGAGGGCUGCAACUUCAUAGCUGGAGUCCUUACACAGCCAACCCACGAAAAGAUGAGCAUCUACCAGGCCAUGAGUCGGGGCCUUCUGAGACCAGGAACAGCCCUGGUGCUUCUGGAGGCACAGGCUGCCACAGGGUUUCUCAUUGACCCAGUGAAAAACAAGAAACUUUCAGUAGACGAAGGGAUGUCCACAGGAUUGAUUGGUAGAGAAAUUUAUGAGAAGCUGCUGAGCGCAGAAAGAGCCGUGACCGGAUACACAGACCCCUACACAAGAAAACAGAUCUCCCUUUUUGAAGCUAUGAACCAAGAGCUCAUUGUGAGAAGCCACGGCAUCCGCCUGCUGGAGGCCCAGAUUGCCACAGGGGGCAUCAUCGACCCGGUGCACAGUCACCGUAUCCCUGUGGAGGUAGCUUACAAGAGGGGCUACUUUGAUGAACAGAUGAACCAAGUCCUCUCAGACCCCACAGAUGACACCAAGGGCUUCUUUGACCCAAACACACACGAGAACCUGACUUACCUCCAGCUACUAGAACGAUGCAUCCAAGAUCCCAAAACUGGGCUGUAUAUGCUGCAAAUAGUUAAAAGGGGGGAAAGGUACUUCUACAUUGAUGAGACAACAAAACAAUUUCUGCAAGCACAAUUGAUCCAGAUGCACAUAGGGAGGUACAGAGGCCAGACUGUCUCCAUCUGGGACCUCCUCUGUUCCCCGUACAUCCACGAACAGAGAAAGAAAGACUUGGUAAGACAGUACAAGUGCGAAAUGCUGACAUUAGAGAAUCUUAUCAGCAUCAUCACCACGAUAAUAGAGGAAACUGAACAGACAGCCCAGAAACUAAAGUUUAAGGGCCUAAGAGGGGAGGUGUCAGCUGCAGACCUCUUCAAUUCAGAGAUAAUAGACAAGAAAACACUGGACAGACUCCAUCAUGGGGCUCAUGCUCUUCACCAGCUUAUCCAGAAUGAAUCUGUGAGACGAUACCUGGAGGGAACAGGCUGCAUAGCAGGGAUCUCUGUGCCAUCCAAAAAGGAAAAGAUGACUCUCUAUGAAGCCAUGAAGACAGGGCUUCUCUCCUCAGAACACGCUCUCGUGUUACUAGAGGCACAGGCAGCCACUGGUUUCAUCACUGACCCACGGAAGAAGAAAAGGUUCUCUGUGGACCAAGCAGUCUCUGCUGGAACUGUGGGUAAUGAGAUUCGUGAGCAGCUUCUUUUUGCAGAGAAAGCCGUUACCGGAUACACUGACCCUGCCACAGGGAACAAGCUUCCACUCUUCCAGGCUAUGAAGAAGAACAUAGUUGAGAAAGCCCAGGCUCUGAGGCUGCUGGAAGCCCAGAUUGCCACAGGUGGUAUCAUUGACCCUGAAUGUGGCCACCGCAUCCCUGUGGAGGUAGCUUACAAGCGUGGCUGUUUGGACGACGACACCCUGCUUCUGCUUUCUGAUCCAGAAUACGGCUUCAAAGGAUUCGUGGACCCCAACACACAUGAAAGGAUUACCUAUGCUCAGCUCCUGCAGAGAUGCAUCAAAGACAAAGGAACAGGGAUGUAUCACCUACAGAUGCUCAACAAAAGCAAAUAUUUCUAUGUAGAUGAAGCAAUAAAAAAUACUUUGUCUUCCUCCAAAGUGAAUAUAAAGAUUGGGAAAUAUGCAGGGCAAACUCUGUCUCUCUGGGAGCUUCUUUGUUCAGAUUAUAUUGAUGAAGAAAAGAGAAAAGAAUUGCUGAAAAAAUACAAGCAGGACUCUUCAGUUAUUCUGCAACACAUAACAAACGAAAUUCUGAGUAUCAUAGAGACAAAGGAAAGAAAUAGAACAGAUAUUUGGUUCCAAGGUUUGCGGCAACAUGUUACAGCAUCAGAAUUAUUCAAAGCUGACAUAAUAAGUAAGGACACAAUGAAAAAACUGGAAGAGGGAAGGAAGACGGUUGAAGAAGUGGCGAACAUGGAUUUGGUGAAGAGAUACCUGGAAGGCACCAGCUGCAUUGCCGGGGUGCUUGUGCCCCCCAAGUCAGACCCGUCCAAGACACACAAGAUGACCAUCUACGGAGCCAUGUGGAAGGGCAUCCUGAGGCCAGGCACUGCCUUGGUGCUGCUGGAGGCACAGGCCGCCACCGGCUUCAUCAUUGACCCGCUGAAGAACGAGAAACUCUCUGUGGAUGAUGCCAUCUCAGCCGGACUGGUGGGUGCCGAGCUGCAGGAGAAGCUUCUCUCCGCAGAGAGGGCCGUGACCGGGUACAAUGACCCCUACACAGGGAACAAAAUCUCCCUCUUCCAGGCCAUGAACAAAGGCCUCAUUGUCAAAGACCACGGCAUCCGCCUGCUGGAGGCCCAGAUUGCCACAGGAGGCAUCAUCGACCCCGUGCACAGUCACCGCCUCCCUGUGGAGGUUGCGUACAAGCGGGGCUACUUUGAUGAGGAAAUGAACCAGAUCCUCUCGGAUCCUACGGAUGACACCAAGGGCUUCUUCGAUCCCAACACUCAUGAAAACCUCACAUAUAUGCAACUUCUGCUCAGAUGUGUUCCUGAUCCGGAUACCGGCUUGUUGAUGCUUCCGUUGAUGGAAAAGGGAUCCUUAUUCUUCGCCCUCAGUGAGAACACACGGAAGUCUUUGCAGUCGGCCAAGACCACGGUUGACAUGGGGAUCUUCCAGGGCCAGGAGGUCUCCGUCUGGGACCUCCUCUUCUCCAAAUACAUCCCUCCGCACAAGAGACAGGAACUACUAAGGCAGUACAAAGUUGGCACAAUCACCCUGCAGGAGAUCACCAAAAUACUCAUCACCAUCGUCACCGAGAUCGAGGAAAGGAAUACCAGACACACCGAGUCUCCCCAACGAGCUCCCAGUCCACCCAAGCGGGAAUCUCUGAAGCAUGAUUCUAGCCAUCCACACCCGGAGGAAGCCUGGCAGAAGACCUUGAAGACCACCACCACCACUAUGCCUGCCGGAGAGCACCACGGUCAGCGAGUUUUUGUGUGGGAUCUGCUCUUCUCUGAUUACAUCUCUGAGGAAAAGAGGACAGAAUUGCUGGAGCUGUACAGGAGGGGGUUGCUACCGGUGGACAAGCUGAUAAAUGUCCUCACCACCCUCGUCACAAAAAAAGAAGCCACAAGUAGGAAACUUGACAUCAAAGUGAAAAACCCAGACCAAGAGAUGGAAGCACGUGAGGAAGCAUGUGGCAUUUCGCCCUCAGAACCAGAAACCUGGGAAACGUCCUUGCGGUCUCAUCACAUCCAAGUCUCCCCUGGCGGGUUGCAAGGCCAACAGCUAUCGCUGUGGGAUGCCCUCUUCUCCCAGUACGUCCCAGAGGGCCAAGGGGAAGAACUUCUGAGCAGCUUCCAAAACGGCACGCUGACCUUGGAGAAGCUCACAGAAAUCCUCACGUCCCUCUUCGCUGAGACCACGACCAGAGAGAGCACACAUCCCAGGGCCCCAGAAACGCCUGCACGUUCCAUGGGAUCUUUGGAGGAGGAGGAAGAACGGGAUGCUGACACAGCGGAAGGGGGAGAAAUGGAAAAGGCGUUGAAGGCCCGGAAGGUUGAAAUAACCGCUGGUGAAUUCCGUGGACGGAAGGUCUCUGUGUGGGAUCUGCUCCAUUCCAAGUACAUCCCCGCAGAGAAGAGGAAGGAGCUCCUGCACCUGUACAGGACUGGCAUUCUCACCAUCGACCAGAUGGAAACCGUGGUCACCGGCAUCAUAAACAGAACAGAGGAGGAGAAAACGGAAGAAGCAGCCUCCCACUCACACUCUCCGUCGUCCUGGGAAGAAUCCCUACGGAAUCACACCGUGGAGCUGCAUGUCGGGGAAUUCCAAGGCCAGGAAGCCUCCCUGUGGGAUCUCCUCUUCUCUCAAUACAUUUCCGAGAGCCAAAGAGAGGAGCUCUUAACAAUGUACCAGUCAGGAAUCCUGAGCAUUCAAGAUAUGAUCGCCACAGUGGCCUCCACCCUCGCAGGGAGAAAGGGAAGCCAUGUUCAAGACGCAACAAGCACUCUGUCCAGGGAGACGGCUCUGUCCCAGGCAGAUAGAAGUAUCCCAGCUCCACAGGAUGGAGAGCUGGAACAGGCCUUACGGAUGAUGACCAUCGAUGUGCCUGUGGGUGAAUUCGGAGGCAGCAAGCGUUCCGUCUGGGAGCUUCUCUUCUCCAAAUAUGUGACCCUACAGAAACGGCAAGAGCUCCUGGAGAUGUAUCGAUCAGCGGUUGUGACCAGCGAGGAGCUUAUCCGAAUAAUCACCACACUGAUUGAAGAAACAGAAGAGAAGAGCAACACGCUGAAGUUUCCGGGACUCAGAAGGCAAGUGACUGCCUCGGAACUCUUCAGCUCUGAAAUCAUUGAUCAGGACACAUUGUCUGACCUCACACGGGGCACCAAGACUGUAGAGGAGAUCACAGAAAUGGAUUCGGUGAAGAGGUACUUGGAAGGCACCAGCUGCAUUGCCGGGGUGCUUGUGCCCCCCAAGUCAGACCCGUCCAAGACACACAAGAUGACCAUCUACGAAGCCAUGUGGAAGGGCAUCCUGAGGCCAGGCACUGCCUUGGUGCUGCUGGAGGCACAGGCCGCCACCGGCUUCAUCAUUGACCCGCUGAAGAACGAGAAACUCUCUGUGGAUGACGCCGUCUCAGCCGGACUGGUGGGUGCCGAGCUGCAGGAGAAGCUUCUCUCCGCAGAGAGGGCCGUGACCGGGUACAAUGACCCCUACACAGGGAACCAAAUCUCCCUCUUCCAAGCCAUGAACAAAGGCCUCAUUGUCAAAGACCACGGCAUCCGCCUGCUGGAGGCCCAGAUUGCCACAGGAGGCAUCAUCGACCCCGUGCACAGUCACCGCCUUCCCGUGGAGGUUGCGUACAAGCGGGGCUACUUUGAUGAGGAAAUGAACCAGAUCCUCUCGGAUCCUACGGAUGACACCAAGGGCUUCUUCGAUCCCAACACUCAUGAAAACCUCACAUAUAUGCAACUUCUGCUCAGAUGUGUUCCUGAUCCGGAUACCGGCUUGUUGAUGCUUCCGUUGAUGGAAAAGGGAUCCUUAUUCUUCGCCCUCAGUGAGAACACACGGAAGUCUUUGCAGUCGGCCAAGACCACGGUUGACGUGGGGAUCUUCCAGGGCCAGGAGGUCUCCGUCUGGGACCUGCUCUUCUCCAGAUACAUCCCUCCGCACAAGAGACAGGAACUACUAAGGCAGUACAAAGCUGGCACAAUCACCCUGCAGGAGAUCACCAAAAUACUCAUCACCAUCGUCACCGAGAUCGAGGAAAGGAAUACCAGACACACCGAGUCUCCCCAACGAGCUCCCAGUCCACCCAAGCAGAAAUCUCUGAAGCAUGAUUCUAGCCAUCCACACCCGGAGGAAGCCUGGCAGAAGACCUUGAAGACCACCACCACCACUAUGCCUGUCGGAGAGCACCACGGUCAGCGAGUUUUUGUGUGGGAUCUGCUCUUCUCUGAUUACAUCUCUGAGGAAAAGAGGACAGAAUUGCUGGAGCUGUACAGGAGGGGGUUGCUACCGGUGGACAAGCUGAUAAAUGUCCUCACCACCCUCAUCACAAAAAAAGAAGCCACAAGUAGGAAACUUGACAUCAAAGUGAGAAGCCCAGACCAAGAGAUGGAAGCCCGUGAGGAAGCCCGUGGCAUUUCCCCCUCAGAACCAGAAACCUGGGAAACGUCCUUGCGGUCUCAUCACAUCCAAGUCUCCCCUGGCGGGUUGCAAGGCCAACAGCUAUCGCUGUGGGAUGCCCUCUUCUCCCAGUACGUCCCGGAGGGCCAAGGGGAAGAACUUCUGAGCAGCUUCCAAAACGGCACGCUGACCUUGGAGAAGCUCACAGAAGUCCUCACGUCCCUCUUCGCUGAGACCACGACCAGAGGGAGCGCACAUCCGAGGGCCCCAGAAACGCCUGCACGUUCCAUGGGAUCUUUGGAUGAGGACGAAGAACGGGAUGCUGACACAGCGGAAGGGGGAGAAAUGGAAAAGGCUUUGAAGGCCCGGAAGGUUGAAAUAACCGCUGGUGAAUUCCGUGGACGGAAGGUCUCCGUGUGGGAUCUGCUCCAUUCCAAGUACAUCCCCGCAGAGAAGAGGAAGGAGCUCCUGCACCUGUACAGGACUGGCAUUCUCACCAUCGACCAGAUGGAAACCGUGGUCACCGGCAUCAUAAACAGAAUAGAGGAGGAGAAAACGGAAGAAGCAGCCUCCCACUCACACUCUCCGUCGUCCUGGGAAGAAUCCCUACAGAAUCACACCGUGGAGCUGCAUGUCGGGGAAUUCCAAGGCCAGGAAGCCUCCCUGUGGGAUCUCCUCUUCUCUCAAUACAUUUCCGAGAGCCAAAGAGAGGAGCUCUUAACAAUGUACCAGUCAGGAAUCCUGAGCAUUCAAGAUAUGAUCGCCACAGUGGCCUCCACCCUCGCAGGGAGAAAGGGAAGCCAUGUUCACGACGCAACAAGCACUCUGUCCAGGGAGACGGCUCUGUCCCAGGCAGAUAGAAGUAUCCCAGCUCCACAGGAUGGAGAGCUGGAACAGGCCUUACGGAUGAUGACCGUCGACAUGCCUGUGGGUGAAUUCGGAGGCAGCAAGCGUUCCGUCUGGGAUCUUCUCUUCUCCAAAUAUGUGACCCUACAGAAACGGCAAGAGCUCCUGGAGAUGUAUCGAUCAGGGGCUGUGACCAGCGAGGAGCUUAUCCGAAUAAUCACCACACUGAUUGAAGAAACAGAAGAGAAGAGUAACACGCUGAAGUUUCUGGGACUCAGAAGGCAAGUGACUGCCUCGGAACUCUUCAGCUCUGAAAUCAUUGAUCAGGACACGUUGUCUGACCUCACACGGGGCACCAAGACUGUAGAGGAGAUCACAGAAAUGGAUUCGGUGAAGAGGUACUUGGAAGGCACCAGCUGCAUUGCCGGGGUGCUUGUGCCCCCCAAGUCAGACCCGUCCAAGACACACAAGAUGACCAUCUAUGAAGCCAUGUGGAAGGGCAUCCUGAGGCCAGGCACUGCCUUGGUGCUGCUGGAGGCACAGGCCGCCACCGGCUUCAUCAUUGACCCGCUGAAGAAUGAGAAACUCUCUGUGGAUGACGCCGUCACAGCCGGACUGGUGGGUGCCGAGCUGCAGGAGAAGCUUCUCUCCGCAGAGAGGGCCGUGACCGGGUACAAUGACCCCUACACAGGGAACCAAAUCUCCCUCUUCCAGGCCAUGAACAAAGGCCUCAUUGUCAAAGACCACGGCAUCCGCCUGCUGGAGGCCCAGAUUGCCACAGGAGGCAUCAUCGACCCCGUGCACAGUCACCGCCUCCCUGUGGAGGUUGCGUACAAGCGGGGCUACUUUGAUGAGGAAAUGAACCAGAUCCUCUCGGAUCCUACGGAUGACACCAAGGGCUUCUUCGAUCCCAACACUCAUGAAAACCUCACAUAUAUGCAACUUCUGCUCAGAUGUGUUCCUGAUCCGGAUACCGGCUUGUUGAUGCUUCCGUUGAUGGAAAAGGGCUCCUUAUUCUUCGCCCUCAGUGAGAACACACGGAAGUCUUUGCAGUCGGCCAAGACCACGGUUGACGUGGGGAUCUUCCAGGGCCAGGAGGUCUCCGUCUGGGACCUCCUCUUCUCCAGAUACAUCCCUCCGCACAAGAGACAGGAACUACUAAGGCAGUACAAAGCUGGCACAAUCACCCUGCAGGAGAUCACCAAAAUACUCAUCACCAUCGUCACCGAGAUCGAGGAAAGGAAUACCAGACACACCGAGUCUCCCCAACGAGCUCCCAGUCCACCCAAGCGGGAAUCUCUGAAGCAUGAUUCUAGCCAUCCACACCCAGAGGAAGCCUGGCAGAAGACCUUGAAGACCACCACCACCACUAUGCCUGCCGGAGAGCACCACGGUCAGCGAGUUUUUGUGUGGGAUCUGCUCUUCUCUGAUUACAUCUCUGAGGAAAAGAGGACAGAAUUGCUGGAGCUGUACAGGAGGGGGUUGCUACCGGUGGACAAGCUGAUAAGUGUCCUCACCACCCUCGUCACAAAAAAAGAAGCCACAAGUAGGAAACUUGACAUCAAAGUGAGAAGCCCAGACCAAGAGAUGGAAGCCCGUGAGGAAGCCCGUGGCAUUUCCCCCUCAGAACCAGAAACCUGGGAAAUGUCCUUGCGGUCUCAUCACAUCCAAGUCUCCCCUGGCGGGUUGCAAGGCCAACAACUAUCGCUGUGGGAUGCCCUCUUCUCCCAGUACGUCCCAGAGGGCCAAGGGGAAGAACUUCUGAGCAGCUUCCAAAAUGGCACGCUGACCUUGGAGAAGCUCACAGAAGUCCUCACGUCCCUCUUCGCUGAGACCACGACCAGAGAGAGCACACAUCCCAGGGCCCCAGAAACGCCUGCACGUUCCAUGGGAUCUUUGGAGGAGGAGGAAGAACGGGAUGCUGACACAGCGGAAGGGGGAGAAAUGGAAAAGGCUUUGAAGGCCCGGAAGGUUGAAAUAACCGCUGGUGAAUUCCGUGGACGGAAGGUCUCCGUGUGGGAUCUGCUCCAUUCCGAGUACAUCCCCGCAGAGAAGAGGAAGGAGCUCCUGCACCUGUACAGGACUGGCAUUCUCACCAUCGACCAGAUGGAAACCGUGGUCACCGGCAUCAUAAACAGAACAGAGGAGGAGAAAACGGAAGAAGCAGCCUCCCACUCACACUCUCCGUCGUCCUGGGAAGAAUCCCUACGGAAUCACACCGUGGAGCUGCAUGUCGGGGAAUUCCAAGGCCAGGAAGCCUCCCUGUGGGAUCUCCUCUUCUCUCAAUACAUUUCCGAGAGCCAAAGAGAGGAGCUCUUAACAAUGUACCAGUCAGGAAUCCUGAGCAUUCAAGAUAUGAUCGCCACAGUGGCCUCCACCCUCGCAGGGAGAAAGGGAAGCCAUGUUCACGACGCAACAAGCACUCUGUCCAGGGAGACGGCUCUGUCCCAGGCAGAUAGAAGUAUCCCAGCUCCACAGGAUGGAGAGCUGGAACAGGCCUUACGGAUGAUGACCAUCGACGUGCCCGUGGGUGAAUUCGGAGGCAGCAAGCGUUCCGUCUGGGAGCUUCUCUUCUCCAAAUAUGUGACCCUACAGAAACGGCAAGAGCUCCUGGAGAUGUAUCGAUCAGGGGCUGUGACCAGCGAGGAGCUUAUCCGAAUAAUCACCACACUGAUUGAAGAAACAGAAGAGAAGAGCAACACGCUGAAGUUUCCGGGACUCAGAAGGCAAGUGACUGCCUCGGAACUCUUCAGCUCUGAAAUCAUUGAUCAGGACACGUUGUCUGACCUCACACGGGGCACCAAGACUGUAGAGGAGAUCACAGAAAUGGAUUCGGUGAAGAGGUACUUGGAAGGCACCAGCUGCAUUGCCGGGGUGCUUGUGCCCCCCAAGUCAGACCCGUCCAAGACACACAAGAUGACCAUCUAUGAAGCCAUGUGGAAGGGCAUCCUGAGGCCAGGCACUGCCUUGGUGCUGUUGGAGGCACAGGCCGCCACCGGCUUCAUCAUUGACCCGCUGAAGAAUGAGAAACUCUCUGUGGAUGACGCCGUCACAGCCGGACUGGUGGGUGCCGAGCUGCAGGAGAAGCUUCUCUCCGCAGAGAGGGCCGUGACCGGGUACAAUGACCCCUACACAGGGAACCAAAUCUCCCUCUUCCAGGCCAUGAACAAAGGCCUCAUUGUCAAAGACCACGGCAUCCGCCUGCUGGAGGCCCAGAUUGCCACAGGAGGCAUCAUCGACCCCGUGCACAGUCACCGCCUCCCUGUGGAGGUUGCGUACAAGCGGGGCUACUUUGAUGAGGAAAUGAACCAGAUCCUCUCGGAUCCUACGGAUGACACCAAGGGCUUCUUCGAUCCCAACACUCAUGAAAACCUCACAUAUAUGCAACUUCUGCUCAGAUGUGUUCCUGAUCCGGAUACCGGCUUGUUGAUGCUUCCGUUGAUGGAAAAGGGCUCCUUAUUCUUCGCCCUCAGUGAGAACACACGGAAGUCUUUGCAGUCGGCCAAGACCACGGUUGACGUGGGGAUCUUCCAGGGCCAGGAGGUCUCUGUCUGGGACCUCCUCUUCUCCAGAUACAUCCCUCCGCACAAGAGACAGGAACUACUAAGGCAGUACAAAGCUGGCACAAUCACCCUGCAGGAAAUCACCAAAAUACUCAUCACCAUCGUCACCGAGAUCGAGGAAAGGAAUACCAGACACACCGAGUCUCCCCAACGAGCUCCCAGUCCACCCAAGCGGGAAUCUCUGAAGCAUGAUUCUAGCCAUCCACACCCGGAGGAAGCCUGGCAGAAGACCUUGAAGACCACCACCACCACUAUGCCUGCCGGAGAGCACCACGGUCAGCGAGUUUUUGUGUGGGAUCUGCUCUUCUCUGAUUACAUCUCUGAGGAAAAGAGGACAGAAUUGCUGGAGCUGUACAGGAGGGGGUUGCUACCGGUGGACAAGCUGAUAAGUGUCCUCACCACCCUCGUCACAAAAAAAGAAGCCACAAGUAGGAAACUUGACAUCAAAGUGAGAAGCCCAGACCAAGAGAUGGAAGCCCUUGAGGAAGCCCGUGGCAUUUCCCCCUCAGAACCAGAAACCUGGGAAACGUCCUUGCGGUCUCAUCACAUCCAAGUCUCCCCUGGCGGGUUGCAAGGCCAACAACUAUCGCUGUGGGAUGCCCUCUUCUCCCAGUACGUCCCAGAGGGCCAAGGGGAAGAACUUCUGAGCAGCUUCCAAAACGGCACGCUGACCUUGGAGAAGCUCACAGAAAUCCUCACGUCCCUCUUCGCUGAGACCACGACCAGAGAGAGCACACAUCCCAGGGCCCCAGAAACGCCUGCACGUUCCAUGGGAUCUUUGGAGGAGGAGGAAGAACGGGAUGCUGACACAGCGGAAGGGGGAGAAAUGGAAAAGGCUUUGAAGGCCCGGAAGGUUGAAAUAACCGCUGGUGAAUUCCGUGGACGGAAGGUCUCCGUGUGGGAUCUGCUCCAUUCCGAGUACAUCCCCGCAGAGAAGAGGAAGGAGCUCCUGCACCUGUACAGGACUGGCAUUCUCACCAUCGACCAGAUGGAAACCGUGGUCACCGGCAUCAUAAACAGAACAGAGGAGGAGAAAACGGAAGAAGCAGCCUCCCACUCACACUCUCCGUCGUCCUGGGAAGAAUCCCUACGGAAUCACACCGUGGAGCUGCAUGUCGGGGAAUUCCAAGGCCAGGAAGCCUCCCUGUGGGAUCUCCUGUUCUCUCAAUACAUUUCCGAGAGCCAAAGAGAGGAGCUCUUAACAAUGUACCAGUCAGGAAUCCUGAGCAUUCAAGAUAUGAUCGCCACAGUGGCCUCCACCCUCGCAGGGAGAAAGGGAAGCCAUGUUCACGAUGCAACAAGCACUCUGUCCAGGGAGACGGCUCUGUCCCAGGCAGAUAGAAGUAUCCCAGCUCCACAGGAUGGAGAGCUGGAACAGGCCUUACGGAUGAUGACCGUCGACAUGCCUGUGGGUGAAUUCGGAGGCAGCAAGCGUUCCGUCUGGGAUCUUCUCUUCUCCAAAUAUGUGACCCUACAGAAACGGCAAGAGCUCCUGGAGAUGUAUCGAUCAGGGGCUGUGACCAGCGAGGAGCUUAUCCGAAUAAUCACCACACUGAUUGAAGAAACAGAAGAGAAGAGCAACACGCUGAAGUUUCUGGGACUCAGAAGGCAAGUGACUGCCUCGGAACUCUUCAGCUCUGAAAUCAUUGAUCAGGACACGUUGUCUGACCUCACACGGGGCACCAAGACUGUAGAGGAGAUCACAGAAAUGGAUUCGGUGAAGAGGUACUUGGAAGGCACCAGCUGCAUUGCCGGGGUGCUUGUGCCCCCCAAGUCAGACCCGUCCAAGACACACAAGAUGACCAUCUACGAAGCCAUGUGGAAGGGCAUCCUGAGGCCAGGCACUGCCUUGGUGCUGCUGGAGGCACAGGCCGCCACCGGCUUCAUCAUUGACCCGCUGAAGAACGAGAAACUCUCUGUGGAUGACGCCGUCUCAGCCGGACUGGUGGGUGCCGAGCUGCAGGAGAAGCUUCUCUCCGCAGAGAGGGCCGUGACCGGGUACAAUGACCCCUACACAGGGAACAAAAUCUCCCUCUUCCAGGCCAUGAACAAAGGCCUCAUUGUCAAAGACCACGGCAUCCGCCUGCUGGAGGCCCAGAUUGCCACAGGAGGCAUCAUCGACCCCGUGCACAGUCACCGCCUCCCUGUGGAGGUUGCGUACAAGCGGGGCUACUUUGAUGAGGAAAUGAACCAGAUCCUCUCGGAUCCUACGGAUGACACCAAGGGCUUCUUCGAUCCCAACACUCAUGAAAACCUCACAUAUAUGCAACUUCUGCUCAGAUGUGUUCCUGAUCCGGAUACCGGCUUGUUGAUGCUUCCGUUGAUGGAAAAGGGCUCCUUAUUCUUCGCCCUCAGUGAGAACACACGGAAGUCUUUGCAGUCGGCCAAGACCACGGUUGACGUGGGGAUCUUCCAGGGCCAGGAGGUCUCCGUCUGGGACCUGCUCUUCUCCAGAUACAUCCCUCCGCACAAGAGACAGGAACUACUAAGGCAGUACAAAGCUGGCACAAUCACCCUGCAGGAGAUCACCAAAAUACUCAUCACCAUCGUCACCGAGAUCGAGGAAAGGAAUACCAGACACACCGAGUCUCCCCAACGAGCUCCCAGUCCACCCAAGCGGGAAUCUCUGAAGCAUGAUUCUAGCCAUCCACACCCGGAGGAAGCCUGGCAGAAGACCUUGAAGACCACCACCACCACUAUGCCUGCCGGAGAGCACCACGGUCAGCGAGUUUUUGUGUGGGAUCUGCUCUUCUCUGAUUACAUCUCUGAGGAAAAGAGGACAGAAUUGCUGGAGCUGUACAGGAGGGGGUUGCUACCGGUGGACAAGCUGAUAAGUGUCCUCACCACCCUCGUCACAAAAAAAGAAGCCACAAGUAGGAAACUUGACAUCAAAGUGAGAAGCCCAGACCAAGAGAUGGAAGCACGUGAGGAAGCCCGCGGCGUUUCCCCCUCAGAACCAGAAACCUGGGAAACGUCCUUGCGGUCUCAUCACAUCCAAGUCUCCCCUGGCGGGUUGCAAGGCCAACAGCUAUCGCUGUGGGAUGCCCUCUUCUCCCAGUACGUCCCGGAGGGCCAAGGGGAAGAACUUCUGAGCAGCUUCCAAAACGGCAUGCUGACCUUGGAGAAGCUCACAGAAAUCCUCACGUCCCUCUUCGCUGAGACCACGACCAGAGGGAGCGCACAUCCCAGGGCCCCAGAAACGCAUGCACGCUCCAUGGGAUCUUUGGAGGAGGAGGAAGAACGGGAUGCUGACACAGCGGAAGGGGGAGAAAUGGAAAAGGCUUUGAAGGCCCGGAAGGUUGAAAUAACCACUGGUGAAUUCCGUGGACGGAAGGUCUCCGUGUGGGAUCUGCUCCAUUCCAAGUACAUCCCCGCAGAGAAGAGGAAGGAGCUCCUGCACCUGUACAGGACUGGCAUUCUCACCAUCGACCAGAUGGAAACCGUGGUCACCGGCAUCAUAAACAGAACAGAGGAGGAGAAAACGGAAGAAGCUUUCUCCAGGGCCCAAUAUGAUUCAGUUUCAUCAGAGGGGGACAGUAUACAGUCAUCAUACUAUGACCUUCUGCAACAUACUUCACGCCUGGAGAAUAUUGAUGUAACUAUCCGUGAGAUCCAAGACCAGAAGUCUUCCGUGUGGGAUCCUUUCUUUUCUAAGUUUGUCUCCAAUAUCAGGACAGAAGAGGUAGUACACAGACAUGGUGCACCAGCAGUAAGCAUUAAAGAAAGCAUUAGAAGCAGCAUCACCACUGUUAUUACACAAACUGAAAACUCACCAGUGGGGGAGAGUCUAAGGGGAGAUGCUCCGUCCUUGGAUACAUUAAUGGCUUCUCCAUCAGAGGGCCAAGUUGACAUCGAGAAUGCCUUAAAAUCCCGGAUGAUAAAGGGAUGUUUUGAUGAGUUACCUGAUGCACAGGUUUCCCUUUGGGAUGUGUGCCAUUGUGAAUCCAUCCCUGAAGAGACAAGGAAGGAUCUCUUGGAACUCUUCAAGUCUGGCACACUCACAAUUGAUCAGUUGGAAGCCAUUGUCACCACCAUCCUCAGCAAAAGAACAGGAGAGGAAAGGAAGACUGGAUCGCCGCCUGUCUUGCACUCAGAUGUCUGGGAAGGCCCACUGAGGAAUCACAAGGUGCUGCGACAUGUAGGUGUGUUUCAAGGCCAGGAAGCUUCCGCGUGGGAUCUACUUUUCUCUCAGCAUAUACCGGAAUAUAAAAGGGAAGAGCUUCUGAGAAAAUACCGAAAUGGCGGGCUAUGUCUUGAGGAGCUCACAGAAAUCCUCGCGUCCCUCUUCGCUGAAACUAUGACCAGUGGGAGCGCACAUCCCAGGACUCCAGAAACACAUGCCAUGGCAUCUCUGGAGGGGGAGGAAGAAAAGGAUGCUGACAAACCAGAAGGGGGAGAAACAGAAGAGGCCUUGAAAGCCCGGAAGGUUGAAAUAACCACUGGUGAAUUCCGUGGGCGGAAGGUCUCCGUGUGGGAUCUGCUCCAUUCCAAGUACGUCCCUUCAGAGAAGAGGAAGGAGCUCCUGCACCUGUACAGGACUGGCAUUCUCACCAUCGACCAGAUGGGAACCGUGGUCACCGGCAUCGUAAACAGAACAGAGGAGGAGAAUACAAAAAAAGUUGAGUGGAUAUCAAAUCAAAAUCAAGAGACAAGAUCAUUAACCAAAAGUCCAAAUGUUUGUUUCGGUCUCUCUGUCUCUAUGGAAAACAUUUUACGGUCUGAGAGUGUUGUGGUGCCAGUUGGUGAUUUCCAAGGGCAGAUGGUAUCUUGCUGGGAUCUUCUAUUCUCCCGAUACAUCUUAGAAGACAAGAGACAGGAGCUUCUAACCAAAUUCAAGGAGAAGAUCCUCUCUCUUGAGGAACUGAUCAGCACACUCACCAAUAUCAUCACAGAAGCUGAAAGACAUAACUGGGAUCAGUCCUCACGGCCCGGCAGAGACGCUUUGGGUGUCUCAGAGAAAAGAGAUGAUUCCCACGCAGAGCAGCAGCAGUUGAAAAAAUCUUUGAGGACUACAAUGGUCCAUGUGACUAGUGGAGAAUUUAAGGGGCAAAAGGUGUGUGUCCUGGAUCUCCUCUUCUCCAAAUACGUCCCUCAGGACCAAAGGCAAGAACUUCUCGAGCUGUACAGAGGAGGGGCAUUACCCAUCCAAGAUAUGGUAAGCGUGAUCAGCACCAUGAUUGAAGACGCUGAAUGCAAGAAGGCAGGUGUAAAGAGGAGAAUCCCCAGCAAAGGGGGGGCAUUAUCUUGGACAGAUAAAGGGGCUCACCCCUAAGGAUGGAACUUUGGCACCUGGGGGCUCACUCCGUCUUCACAGACCCGGUCACCAGCAGCUUCUUCCCCUGCGUCCAUUAAAGCCCAGAAUAACUCGGUCCUAAUCCUGAAGUGGCUUCUCUUACAUUCGGGAAGCAGUUUCCUGGUCGUCUCUUCUGAGAGCGUCUGUAUUACAAUUGGUCUGUAGCCCUCUUGUUUUCUCUCCAUUCUCCGACUGGACUCUGUCUUCUUUCAAAGAUUUAGCCUCUAUGCCGCAUUAUCCGUCUGUGACAAAGUUUGCUCAGCCAUUGCUCCCUUGCUUGGCAGGCCUUCCUGCCUUCAGUUCCAACUCGAGGGUGUGAUGGAGCCCAAGGCUAGUAAAAGUGACACCGCACGUCUCAGCAGGGCAAUGGCGACUUGCACUGAAAGCAACCCAGAGAAAGCAGCCCCUUUCGGUGACCUCCGCCCGCCCCACCCCCUGAUCAUCUGGAGGCACUUCCCCCCUUCUAGUGGAAGAACUGGCCGCUGUACCACACACAUGACCGUGCUUCUGGAGUGAACACUUGAUUUCCACGCCCAUCUAUUUAUUGGCACUACUUCCUCUUGCCGAGCAGAUGCCCUUGAACUGUAGCUUGUGGGGUCUUGCCAGGAGCAAAAUCAAGGGAAACCAUGGCCUCUUUUUCUGUUGCACUUUCUUUCUUCAGCCUGCACAGUGAAUGAAUAAGCCAGCACAGUGAAGGAACUGAUGCUCAACUGUUUCUCCUUCCAUUCUGUUCUGAGGGCGUUUUGGGUUACGUGGCUGGUAAAAGCGCCAGCCUUGCCCACAUCCCCUUGGCAGAGACUCUUUGGUAAACUCAGCAACAACAAUAAAAAACCCUUUAAACGUUUACAGAAUUCUCCCAUUGCACUGCAGUUGGGUUUGCUGUCUGACAGAUCUGUUUGCCUCUAUAUUUUUUAAAGAUGGACACAAAUAAACCAGUGGUUCCA